CUCCAUUGAUUGUGCCAACCCCAACGACGAGCAAAGCUUUCAAAUCUUCACAGCUCUCUCCAAAAAAAAGGAAAAAAGAAAAAAAGAAGUUUAUUUCUAUUAUUUUUGUUUUUAAUUUCUUCAAUUUCUUGCGAUGGCGUUGAAGAAAACACUGGCUGAGAAGCUUUUCAACAUUUCGAAAAUUUCUUCGCAAGCUCUCACCAACUGCCGGAUUUCCUCAUCGACGGUUCGAAACCAAGUCUCGCAGAAAGCGGGGAAAGCUACGACCUCCAUGGCGCCGGAUCCAGGAGACAGUAACGGUAAAGUUAGCGGCAAUGGCGUUUUCAGACGGUUCCUUCAUAAAGGAGCUCUGUUUUCUCCCGCAAUGAGGAAGUUACCUUUGGGGGAAAAUUUGAUGGAGAGGUUAAACGAAAUGGAUAUUUCCAAGGAUCGCAUUCGGUUGGACGGAUUGAGUCCAUAUUUGGCGGCGAAAUCGGCGGUGCCGGAGGUGGGGGGUCUGUCGGUUGAUGAGGUGAAGAAGUUGCUGAGGGUGGCGCAGCUGGAAGUGGUGAAGAAGAGGCUGAGGGAGACCGGGAAAACCUGGAUUUCCUAUUUGGACUUUAUUCGGAUCUGUGGAGAAGGUUAUUCGGAUCCAGAACAAGGAUUGCAGUUCGCUAAACAGCUGGACGAAUCUGGUUCCGUCAUCGUUUUGGGCAACGUCGUCGUUUUGCGACCUGAACAGGUAGCAAAAGCAAUUGGAGGUCUAAUUCCUUUACCGGGACCCAAUCCGAAUGAUCCAAGAAGAAAAGAACUGGUGGAGUUGGAGAAGCAGAAAGCCUUGAUUGAUGAAAAAGCUGAUUCCUUGGUCCGUCGAGAACUGUGGCUUGGCCUAGCAUACUUGGUGGUUCAAACAGCCGGUUUCAUGAGGCUAACGUUUUGGGAACUCUCGUGGGAUGUCAUGGAACCCAUUUGUUUCUAUGUCACUUCCGUGUACUUCAUGGCUGCCUAUAUAUUCUUCCUCAGGACAGCCAAAGAACCUUCUUUCGAAGGUUUCUACCAGAGCAGGUUCAGCACAAAGCAAAAACAGCUGAUGAAGGCUCACAAUUUUGAUACUGAGAGGUAUAACGAGUUGGGGAGAAUGUUCCAUCCACACUCUUCAUCAGAACAAACCUCAUCCUUGGCCUUAUUUGAUCAUCAUUCGGAAAAGAUGCAGAUUGGUGCUUUAGAUCAUUGAUAGAAAAACAAUAUACCAAAGCAAGAAAGAUUAAUAGAAAAAUAAAUACAAUUUUGUUUUAGAAUUAGGAGCGGCUUGCCGUACCAAUCAUGUCAAGAGUUAUCCUCCCAAACCUGGCACCCCCUACCCUCCCUCCCUUCCCUCUCCCUCGGUCCACUGUCCAAACAUAUAAAAUAUUUCGAGCUAAUAUGUAUUCAGGAGUGAUGGUCUAUCCAACAUAGGCUUAGGAAAAUAUAAAAUCUGUAUAGCAUAGUCAAGAAUUAAAUCCAAAAUCAAACUUUUCAAUUCAAGUAA